AUUGCAGCGAGACAUUCAUUAGCACUUUGGCUCAACCAAGAAGUGAAUCUAAAGUACCUAAACAAACAUGGAUUUCGCCACCGCCUCCCAAAAAGCCAAAUCUUUCACCAAGACUCCCCCAGACAAUGUCUUCUUGGAAUUCUAUGGUCUCUUCAAACAGGCUACCGCUGGUGACUGCAAUAUCGCCCAACCAGGUACUUUGGACUUGAAGGCCAAGGCUAAGUGGAGUGCCUGGAACAGCCACAAAGGCAUGAGCCAAGAUGCUGCCAAGGCCGCCUACAUUGCUGCCUAUGAGAAAUAUGCUCCACAAUAUGCUUAAAUUAAAACUUAGCGGACAAUGUUAAACAGAAAAUGAAGUAAAAAUAAACGACAAUAUACACAUUGAAAA